AUGCAGGAUGGCGACACACCCCUGUCAGAGGCCAUAUAUAAUGGGCACCCGAGCACUGUGGAACUGUUAUUGAAGCAUGGUGCAAACACGGACAUACAAAAUGAGACAGGAGCAACCCCUCUUUUGCUGAUUUGGCAAAAGAUGUGGCACCAGAAGACUGAUGAACAGACAGCUGCGAAAAUUGUGCAGAUUAUGUCAGACUACGGUGCAGCUUUGGAAGUGCCAAACGAGAAUGGCAUGACUCCGCUGAUGGCGGCUGCAAGGGACGGCCACACAGCUGCUGCAGAACUGCUGCUGAGCAAAGGAGUGUCUGUGACGCCGACUGAUGAGGACGGAAGAACGGCGGCACAGUAUGCGAGUGCUGGGGGGCAUCAUGAACUGGCAGAGAAGCUGGGCGGUGCCGACUGA